CAAAUGUCUUUUUUGGCCAAUGCGUCCAUACACAGGAAUUGUUGCUCCACCUUUGCUCUAUGCCGAGGCACUUUUCCACCAGCUAGUUUGUAUUAACACUUUUUUUUCUUAAGGCCCGGACGAAAAAAACCAAGCUACCAAUACCAAACCUUCCAUGUUUUGUGCGUUCAUAUACCAUGUAGCUUAGAAAUGUUCUGCCGUCGUGUCGUGCGCUGGCCUAUCCAGAGACCCACGCAGCCGUCAUAUGCCCUAGUCCGUUCGCCGUCAUGAGAAAAUGAUGCAACUGCAGCACCUAUAAAACAUGCGUUUCCUUUUGGACCUUCAUACGCUUUCUCUUUGUCUCCUCGUCUCACAUGAUAUAUACUUGUUACCUAGAUUUCCACUCCAAAGUUUCGCUCAUCCUUUCUCUACUUGUCUAACUGAACCCCCCUUGAUACGCCACCAUGGUUCAGAACAAAGGCCUUAUCUUUAAGAACGUACCCUCUGGCUGGCCUGUCCCAGGCAAGGACCUUGCCAUUGAAGCUCGCGAGAUCGACUUGAAUCAAGAUCCACCGAAAAAUGGAUUGAUAAUCAAGAACUAUUAUGUCUCCUUCGACCCGUACCAGCGUGGUCGGAUGCGAGCUCCAGAAACCAAGAGCUACGCCCCGCCUUUCGAGCUGGGCAAGCCUAUCACGAAUCGCGCCAUCUCAAAGGUGAUCAAGUCGGACGUGGAUCGAUUCAAGCCCGGCGACGUCAUCGUCACGAUGGAUAGCGCCGGGACGGAGGAAUAUACGCUUCUGCCGGAAGGGCCGACGAGCAGAGCCAUGAAGCUGGAGAACCCGUACAACCUGGACCCGCGAAUUUUCCUUGGCGCACUCGGCAUGCCUGGUCUGACUGCGUGGUCUUCGUUCUACGACAUCGGGCAGCCGAAGAAGGGAGAAACCAUCUUCAUUUCCGCAGCAAGCGGCGCCGUGGGCCAACUUGUCGGUCAGCUGGCCAAGCACGAGGGCCUCAAAGUCAUCGGCUCGGUGGGCUCGGACGACAAACUGGACUUCAUUUUGAAAGAGCUGAAGUUCGAUGCUGGCUUCAACUACAAGAAAGAAGCGCCCAAGGACGCUCUGCCUAGGCUCGCGCCAGAGGGCAUCGACAUCUACUACGAGAACGUCGGAGGCGAGACCCUCGAAGCCGCAAUCACAAAUAUGAACAACUUUGGUAGAAUAGUCGCUUGCGGCAUGAUUUCGCAGUACAACCUCAAGCCGGAGGAAGCGUAUCCGAUCAGGAACUUGAUGAUGGUGGUUGCCAAGCGCCUGACAAUGCGCGGCUUCAUCGUCAGCGAUGAGAAUAUGGGUCCCAAAUACUUCAAGGAGCACCAGGAGAAACUGCAGAAAUGGAUCCACGAGGGGACAUUUAUCGCUCGACAGUCAGUCACGAAAGGCAUCGACAAUGCCAUCGAUGGGUUCUUGGGAAUGCUGAGAGGCGAUAACUUUGGAAAAGCUUUGCUGGAGAUUGCGGAUUUGGAGAAAGAUGCAUGACUGCAUAACUCAUUGAAGCUAUGAUUUUGAGUUUAAGAAAACUAUAUUCAGAACUGCGUGCAUGCUCGAUAUUCUGUAUCAUAUUUUAGGCCAGUACAUAUGUCACCGUUGUGAUGGUACAUGCACAGCGUUGCGGAUUGCAUAUGUGGUGCUGAGCAUGUCGUCAUGCCAAUGAUUAUCAUGAAUUCCCUCAUCUACCAAAAUAAUAACCCAUAAAUCAUCACCAUGGCUACCUCUUUGCGUGAGAAAAC